GCGCCCGCGAUCUGCAGCAGAUAUGAAGUCCGCGCCGUGCCGGCUCGCCUGGCUGCUGGGCCCGCUGAUGCUGGUGCUGCUGCCGAGCCUGGCGGGCGCCGUGUCCAUGGACCAAGAGGCGUCCAAGGUGCUGGAGGACGUGAUCGCCGGCGACAACUUCGUCAUCAGCCUGAAGCACAUCAAGCCGCGGCGGCGGCUGCGCGGCAGCGUCGAGACCAUGUUCGCCGUCGACUUCCCCGGCUCGCAGCAGAAGUUCGUGCUCAUGCUGGACCGCCGCACCAAGCGAGUGAUCGUGGAGACGGUGGAGGACGGGCGCACGCGCUCGCAGCACUUCACGGUCGACACGCUGACCGAGGGAUCGAUCCUCAAGUCGCUGGUGGUGGCCGUCGACCAGGAGCAGCCCGGAGCGCACGUGACGCUCUACGUGGACUGCAGCUCGCAGGGCAUGGUGGCGACGCCGCGCUCCAUGCGCGACAUGCACGCCAAGAUGGCGCACCCGCGCCUGCAAGUCUUCCGGGAGCGACGCUACGUCCUGGAAGUGGACGGUCCUGGGGGACUCAGCAACGUGCUCAACAGGAACAACUGUCCGUCGAACAUCAUGCAAGCCAUCCAGCCCGCCACCAACGAGAUACCCAUUCCAAGAGGAGACAUUCCUAUAUCCGGAGACUGUGAUACUGAUGCGCUCCUAAUGAAGACUCUGACUCAGCUGGUGACUCAGGUGACAGAGCUGCGGAAUGAAGCGCAGAGACAGAGGGCCGAAAUAUACCAUGUUCGACAAAUACUGGAAAAAUGUGACAUCUGUGAUGCGCUGUCCAUGAUGCGGCGGCCGACGUGCGGCAGCAACCCUUCGCCCUGCUUCCCGGGCGUGGGGUGCCAGGAGACUGCGGAGGGAGUGCGCUGCGGCGCUUGCCCGCGCGGCUACGUGGGUGACGGCCGCAGCUGCAAGCCGGGCGUCACGUGCGAGCAGCGCCCCUGCUACCCAGGUGUGCAGUGCUACGACACGGUGGAGGGCUUCCACUGCGGGCCGUGUCCCGCGGGCAUGACGGGCGACGGCCGGCGGUGCAAGGGCAGGCGGGGCUGCGACUCCAGUCCUUGCCACCCGGGCGUGCAGUGCGUCAGCAUGGACGAGCCGCCGUACUACCGCUGCGGGAGCUGCCCGCCCGGCUCCAGGGGGAACGGCUCCGUGUGCCAGGACGUGGACGAGUGCGACCUGGCCGAGCCGUGCGACCCGCGCGCGCGCUGCACCAACCUGUCCCCGGGCUUCCGCUGCGCCCCCUGCCCGGCGGGCUUCACGGGCUCGUCCGGCAUGGAGGGCGUGGGGCUGGAGGUGGCUCGCCGCAACAAGCAGCGCUGCCACGACAUCGACGAGUGCGCGGACGGCCGCAACGGCGGCUGCGUGCCGCGCUCCGCCUGCAUCAACACCCAGGGUUCGUUCCACUGCGGGCAGUGCCAGAGAGGGUUCGUGGGCAACCAGACGGUCGGCUGCCACAACAGACCCGGCAUGUGCCCCGACGGGUCGGUGUGUGACCCGAACGCAGACUGCGUGAGGACUGGUCCAGAGUGCUGCAUAACCUACAAGUGCAAGUGCAAGAUAGGCUGGGCCGGUGACGGCAAGAACUGCGGGCCCGACCGAGACUUGGACGGGUGGCCCGAUGAAGACCUCGGAUGCUCGGACCCUAAAUGCAGGAAGGACAACUGUGUGGGCAUCCCGAACUCCGGCCAAGAGGAUGCUGACAGAGACAACAUAGGCGACAUCUGUGAUGACGAUGCUGACAACGAUGGCAUCCCCAACAAACCAGACAACUGCCCUCUUGUGCCGAACCCGGACCAGCUGGAUACGGACCGCGACGGAGCGGAUCACCAGGGCGACGCAUGCGACAACUGCCCCACGAUACCCAACUCCGACCAGUCCGACGUGGACAAGGACGGGCUGGGAGACGUCUGCGACGCCGACAUGGACGACGACCGGGUGGAGAACCACGUGGACAACUGCCCCAAGAAGUACAACCCCGACCAGCUGGACACGGACCGCGACGGCCUGGGCGACGUGUGCGACAACUGCCCGAGGGUGCCAAACGCUGACCAGCAGGACGUGGACAACAACCUGAUCGGCGAUGCCUGCGACGACGGCAACGACCGCGACAAGGACGGGAUACAGGACUCGCGGGACAACUGCCCCACCGUCGCCAACAGCAACCAGCUGGACACCGACAGGGAUGGCCGGGGCGACGAGUGCGACCCGGACAAGGACGACGACGGGAUUCCCAACCAUCGGGACAACUGCCCCAUCGUGCCGAACCCCUACCAGGAGGACAGGGACGGCGACGGAACAGGUGACGCCUGCCAGGACGACUGGGACAACGACCGGGUGCGCAAUCACCUGGACAACUGUCCCAACAACUCCAAGAUCAGUUCCACUGACUUCAGGACGUACCAGACCGUGGUGCUGGACCCCGAAGGAGACUCCCAAAUAGACCCCAACUGGGUGAUCUACAACAAAGGGGCAGAGAUUGUCCAGACCAUGAACAGCGACCCGGGACUGGCCGUCGGCUACGAUCAAUUUGGCGGAGUCGACUUUGAAGGAACCUUCUUCGUGGAUACAGAAAUGGAUGAUGAUUAUGCUGGUUUCAUUUUCAGCUACCAGAACAACAAGAAGUUCUACACUGUGAUGUGGAAGAAGAGCGCGCAGACCUACUGGCAGGCGACCCCGUUCCGAGCCGUCGCAGAGCCGGGCAUCCAGCUGAAGCUGGUGGACUCCGGGACGGGACCGGGCCAGAUGCUGCGCAACUCCCUCUGGCACACCGGGGACACGGAGGAUCAGGUGAAGCUGCUGUGGAAGGACCCCCGCAACGUGGGCUGGAGGGAGCGCGUGGCCUACCGCUGGCUGCUGCUCCACCGCCCCAAGAUCGGCCUCAUCCGGCUGCGCAUCUUCGAGGGCGAGCACAUGGUCGCCGACUCUGGCAACGUGUACGACUCCACCUUGAAGGGCGGCCGGCUGGGCGUGUUCUGCUUCUCCCAGGAGAUGGUCAUCUGGUCCGACCUCGUCUACCGGUGCAACGAGAAUGUCCCCAAGCCCAUCUACCUAGAGCUGCCGCUGAAACUUCGCGAGCAAGUGUCAGUUGAGGAUUCCAGCUCGAUAGGACUGUAACUUGACAUCAUGAACUGGCAGUGAAAUGCCUGCAAAUGCCGUCGACACUUCGCGAGACAGUCUGCUCCACUGUGCUGCUCUUAAACGCGGAGACUACUCUAAUCAUUUACAAUCCGCGUAUAAAAUAAAUUUAACUAAAACCACUCUUCCCAUGAUAAAAACAUCCCUCCAAGUCAGUUCAUGAAGUACUUCAGAAGAAGAGCACCCCUACAUCAAAUUUUUGUGUUGUAGUUCUUAACAUUUGAUCAGUUUUAGUACAUUCGAAUGUGUUUUCUACACAUUUGAUUAAUAGAUUAUAUGAGAUCAAUGCAUUCCAAUUUUAAAUUAGUAGAACACAUGAAUGGUGAGUUUACCUAGCAACAUAAGCUAAGCUAUGCUUGAUAAUAUUUUUUAAUGAUUAUGUUCUUUUGAAAUUUUUUGAAUAAAAAGAUUAAACCCUAGCAUAUCACACAUUUAUAGCUAGAUGAAAAUCACAUUUUUGAAAGAAUGUGUGGAAUUCUUAUAUAUGUCCUUUUUAUGUAUGUAUUUCCUUUAUAUGUAUGUAGUUACAACCAUUACACCAAAUAAUAUUGUUGAAAAAAAUUUUAACACUUUUUUUGUUGAAUUAUAUGUAAUAUUAAAUAAAACAUUGUAAAUUAAAUUAAAAACUUUAAUAACAAGAUGAUUCCACUAAAGUGCUAAACAAACAUUUUACAAAAUAGCAGUAAUUCAAGGCAGUUAGGAGUUUUUAUAUGUAUGUACUUGUACCAAGCUUACAUUAAGCUGGGGUCCACUAUUAGUACAGUGUUUAUUAGCAUUAGUAAUUAGUACUGUAAAGAGUAAGUAUGUCAGUUUAGGAUCAUCCUUACAUGAAAUAUGAAACUGUAUUGUAAAAUACUCCAGUUCUUGAGAUAACAAAUUUGUAAUUACUGAUUUUGUAUGUUGUAUAUAAUAAAAAUAAAAUUGAACUCUACGUGUUUUGUAAGUUUAUAAAUUCCAACUGCUGCUAUGACAAAGGUGAAAAUGACGGAGACAAGAUUAAAGUGGAAUAACUUAAGUUAUAACCUAAGAAU